CCGAACCCCGCAGUUCGAUUGGAGACACCGGCCGGCGUCCACGGCUGUCGCGCAGCUCCUGUCAUUUUUCGAGUUCGCGUGUGUGUUAAACGUUCUCAAGCAAUCCUGCUUUUCUUUAUUGUGUCUCGCAGAACGAGCGUGAAACCACUCUGACAGAGUUCUCGGUCUCACGUACGUGUUUUCGAGACGAGUGCUUUCGUAUUGUACACAAAAGAGAGAAGCAUAAAAGUGUUUCACGAGACUUGGUGUUUUCACAGUGCUCGUUACGCGUUGUUUCUCUCAUUUCUCGGUUGAAAAAUCGCAAGUGUCGUGGUGCGCGACGGUAAAACGAUCAAGUUACGGGAGAUAUGAGAAAGUGAACUUUGAAGGGGGCCAACGGUUGUGCAUGUACAUCGCAGGACGAUGGCUGAACUUGGUGUUUGCCGGUUUCUCAUGAUCAUCGGUUAUCUCACGGUCGCCUGGGUGCUCGCUCAAAAUCCCGUGGAGGAGAAAACCACCUUCGAGGCUGCGUUUCAAGGAAGAUGCGGCCACGGGUCUCCAUGCGAGCAGCUCUGCUACGAACUUCAUGACGGAAUGUACGAAUGUGAUUGCAAAGACGGCUAUAUUCUUCAUAAAAAUGGAUACAGCUGCGCUGAGCUGAAUUCGACGUCUCCGUCGACCGGCGAGCUGGGUGAAUUUGUCGAAGACGUCGAGAACGAUGAAUUAAAUAAAGAUAGAGACGAUGACGAAGAUGCAGUCGAAGACAUCCUUUACAUGCGUGGUGCAUCCUUCACAAUACAUCUGGAUCCACCCGCAGAGAAUUCAACCACGAAUUCCACGAAGAUCAACGAGGAGACCAAUGCUCCUCUUGAUCGAGUCGAACCGCGAGCCACGUCUCAGGGUCCGAAUCUGGAGCAAAAAUUACCCUCGACGAUGGAGAGUAUCGUCAGUACAGAACCAGCUUGCUCGUUAGAUUGUGGACCAGCAGGCAACUGUUACAUCGAACAAUCUCGAGGGGAUGACGUUGAUCUCCUCGACGAGGAAACAGAGAACGCAGCCGAUGAUGCCUCGAUGACGAUGGACCUCGAAGGAAACGACGUAGUUCCCAGACGAAAGCAAGCCUCCUUCAGGCAACGGUGUCAGUGUCCCUUAGGCAGAGGUGGUGAUCGUUGUCAGCUUGAGUCAGAGGUGAGAUCGCCCCGUUUCACUGGCUCUAGUUGGCUGGCAUUUCCAGCCCUAAAGGCUGCUUACAAGCACGUCCAAUUAGAAUUGGAAUUCCGACCGGAAGCCUGGGACGGAAUUCUGCUGCUCGCAGGCGAGAGGGAUGAUCUUCAGGGUGACUUCAUGGCCUUGAUACUACAUCACGGUUUCAUCGAAUUUAGGUUCGAUUGUGGUAGUGGGGUAGGCACUGUCAGAAGUACACAAACAGUCAGACUGAACGAAUGGAAUACUCUAACUGUAUACAGGCACCGAUGGGACGCCUGGAUUCAGCUGAAUCAAGAGAAACGCGUGGAAGGAAGAUCGAAGGGCUUGUUUGCGAGGAUUACCUUCCGCGAACCGCUGUUCGUCGGCGGGCCCGGAAACACAACUGGUCUCGACCGGCUUCCGGUGAGAACCGGAUUUAAGGGUUGCGUCCGGCAUCUGGAAGCCAAUGAACACCGCUAUCGUUUCCCUCUUGCACCGCAGGGUGACGCUGCCAAUGGUUUCGACGUUGAAGAAUGCACGGCGGAUAGAUGCAGCAAGGUGCCCUGUUCCCAUGGCGGGAAAUGCUUGACCACCGGAGGCGACACGGCUGUCUGCCUCUGUCCUCUCGGAUACACAGGCGACCUUUGCGAGACCAGGGUAGAUUUACAGGUACCGUCAUUCAACGGGUCUUCUUAUCUUCGGUAUCCUGGAUUGGCCGACACUUCGCUAUCUUGGCUGGAAUUGGCUGUCACGUUGAAACCGACCACCUCAGAUGGUGUUAUUCUUUACAACGGCCAUCAUAGCGAUGCAACCGGUGAUUUCAUUGCGUUGUACCUUUCUUCAGGACACGUGCAGUUCACUUUUGACCUGGGAACAGGACCCGCCACUUUAAGAAGCGAGAACCCUGUCAGACUUGGUGAAUGGGUGGAAGUGCGAGUGUCGAGAACUGGACGUUUGGCCUCGCUGGAGGUGGAGGAUGAUCCUCCGCAGGAGAUCCUGGCGCCAGGCGCCUUUACGCAGCUGUCUUUGCCACUAAAUCUCUAUCUCGGUGGUGCACCAUCCACAGACAUGUACUCGCCGAAAAUGAAAACUACUGUUAGCUUCGUAGGCUGUAUCCAGACGGUCAUUUUAAAUCGCCGAGAGAUCGGAAUACUUGCGGAGGCUUUGGGUGGAGUGAACGUCGGUAAUUGCGGGCAUGCCUGCGAGGCGAGGCCUUGCGGAGACGCAGAAUGUCGUCCUCUUCGAGAUCGCUUCACCUGUCGCUGUCGACCCGGUAUGCCUCAUCCUUGUCCAGCACCGGAUGACAACACUAUCUUAGAUGAUUCUUUAACAAAACCGAACGUGGGGACGCGAUACGAAAGAUCUGUUCCAAGCUUCUCUGGCAGCGAAAGUUAUCUUCAUUAUAAUGACGCUGAUACUAUGAAGAGGAUAAUCAGCUACAGGGUAGACAUCAACAUGAGAUUCCGAGCGAGUAGCAGCAGCGGACUGUUACUUUGGAGCGGACGACAAGCGGAUCCGCAAGAACAAAGGGACGAGAACGACGAUUUUCUUGCUCUUGGCUUGGACCAUGGUUAUCUAACAUUAGCUUAUAAUCUGGGCUCUGGUCAGGCUGUUCUACGGUACAAUUUAACGAGACUGGACGAUGAUCUAUGGCACCGUGUUCGAGCCGUAAGGAACGAGCAAUGGGCGUCGUUGGUCGUCGACAGUGGUACAGGUGUGUCGGCCUCGUCGCCUGGACAGCUCAGACAGUUGAACACUGACACGGGUCUUUAUGUUGGUGGUGCACCAGACAUCGUGAGGACGACAGGAGGCAAAUAUACGAAAGGCAUCGUGGGUUGUAUCAGCGACCUGGUUUUAGACUCGGACUUCUCGGUUGCACUGUCGUCACCGGGGCAAGCUACCAACACGCACUCGUGCAUCCCCUGAAAGACAUCAGUACCGUCCAACGUUAGAUGGUUAGGUCCUCGCGGAUCAGCACUUAGGAUAUGAAAAUGCAUCACAAUGAAUUCGCUGGCUAAGCCAGACCAACGAUGUAGCCCGGCGUUCAAGGUGAACUAAACUUCGCUGAACGGACUCCUUGAACGCUGGCCACGUGUCGACGUGCAAACUCAUACACCUAUCAUACACUGUUCAUCAUUUUUGUACAGACUUCAUAGCGACGACAAAAAUUCUUCGUAAAUGGGGCAACAAACACCAGGAAAGAAAAGAGAUAUACUAUAAUACGAACGUCGACAGUCGAAUGGUAGACACAGCUUACUGUAAAUAUUAAAUGAAAGGUAAUCGCGGUAUCUGGAGAUCUGUCAGUCGCCUCACCGUUUUCGUUCGCUGGCAACUUCCUGUCUAAAUCGAAGACUUGGUCAGAAGGCACUCGUAUUUUUAAUUCUUUAAUCCUGUUGCUUAACUCUUUCAUUAUUGUAAAGGGUGAUUAUAAUCGUCCGAAGUAAAGCAUUAUUAUUUCAAAAUAGGAUAGAAAAGUACCUAUGCUAAAAAAUUUCUCAUUGCGAAUUAAAUUUAUUUUAUAGAUAUUGACUUAGAUGAUUUAGAAAUAGAGGAGGAUAAGGAGAAAAUAGAGAAUCAUAAUUGUAAGUCGAACAGAUAUUUUUUGUUAAAUCUGUUUGUUUUCUGAGUUGCUGAAGAAUAGUCGUUCCUACGAGUUGGAAGGAAGUUGUUACAAAGAAGGAACGUGAGUCUAGUCAGUCACGACUGUCUCCGGCCGGAUAGAAAGAACUCGACGGAGCGCGUCUCGAAGACGGCUUUCGGCCUAAUGAGAUUAAACUACGUAGGAAGAAAGAGAAAAUGAGAGAACAGAGCACAACCCCGUCGCGUCAAUUUUUAUUAAGCCCUUCGACCGGAUGUCACCAGAGACCCUUGAUAAGUACGCUAUCAGUCCAAAGUUUAAGGAUUAGUUUUUAUAUUAUAAGAUACUAUCAAAAUGAACCUUAGAAUAUUUCAUUCAUUUUAGAAUUCUUUUUAUCUUUUAAUUCAAUGUUAGAAAUUUUGAAAAAUCUCGAAAGUAAUAAUUUUGUAAAAUCACUAAUAGUGUAAAUCAAGGGCCACUGUCGUUGGUUCAGAAACGAACCGAUAUCGAGGCACCUGAAAUACGUCCAGCCACUUAACGCGACACCUCUAGAUUAUCAUCUAAGAUUUAUCAGUAUUUUUUCUUUAGCUGUGGCCGCGUCGCGACGCGCGCGCUGCCACGCGUCGUCCGUGCACCGCUUUUGUUUCUUGUUCCAGCGAGCACCCGACGAACGGGGUAGCUCGACAGGAAGAUGUAGUCUCGAGCAGAAUCAUUAAAUCAAUUACGAAAGGUACAAGAUGGACCAAAAGCAAUUAACAUCUUUAACGUUGCGAGUGUAGUUUGAAUUCCCACGGUAAUUCACGCUUAAACUAUCGGUUGACUAUCAUCAUUCAUUUAAAUAUAAUUAAUGUAAUAUUCUUUUAAUUAUUUGUACUAUAAGUAGUUUCUAUAGUGAUGGAUUAUUCAAUUAUAUUUAAUUUCUUUUUUUUAAAUAUUUUAUUUCAUUACAAUAUUGAAUAUUAACUAUAGUGGCCUGUUUCAAGCAUUCACCAUUUUAUUUUAUUAAAAAUUGUUAGAGGUUUAAUUUUCAUUAACUAAUACAUGAAAUAGCCGGCCGUUUAAGCGUUAAAAUACUGUACACUUGGAGAAAGUAUUUUUCACUCAAUGAGUAUGUUUGUUUUCCAUCGUUCCCACAAAUAAAAAUCCAAAAUUUUUUUAAAACUUCGAAAGAAAGUAACUAAUAGUCAUAAGUUAUCUUAAAGAAGACUAUAGAAAAAUAAAAUUAUGUUUUAGUUUCCGCCCUCGGUAUUAUAAUGAAGUGAUUAUCACCCUAUACGUCGCGUGGCCAUCGAUGGAAAACAAUAGUAUUUUCUCUAUAUACGAUUGUUGGUUCUUUAGAAAAUUCUCGUUGCUUUUGCGUCCGCUCGAUGAACACGCGAGAUGAAAACGAAAGAGUAACAACACUCGUAUAUUCAUCGUUACGAGAACCACUAUGCUUCGUAAUGUACUUCCGCAGCUGCCAGUGUAUGCUCCUUGACGUUUCCGCUUAAGAAGCACCGAGCUGCACGUUCUAACGGUUAAAUAUCUGUAUAAAAGUAGCGAUUUAAUUAAUGGAGAUGUCCCUGCAUAUUUUCUUAACUCAAGGGUAGGAACUUUUCCAAACGACCCUGAACGAACGGACCUUUAUCACCUGUUAACCCAUCUGACACGACUGUUUUAUAUGUAUAAUUUUAAUUAAUACUUCAUUAAUAUCAUUUAACAUUAUAUCUCUAAAAUUAAUAAAAUUUCAUUAGGUUCCAUAUAUCUUUCCCAAUACACAAAUUAAUAAAUUAAUGACAAAAAUAUUCAUCUUAAUUUAAAAAAGAAAUUCAUAAACGAACCGGAAGUCGUGUCGGAAGGGUUAAAAGAGGAGCCGGUCGGAAUCAAUCAGUCAGGUCAAUACGUAUACACGUCAUAUCUUAACGAGAAAGCGGAAGCGGAAGAAAGGUGGAUAAGGUAUUUAGGGGGAUAGAAUUGAAAGGGGCUAAAACAAUUUUAUUUCACCGUUGCACGAAAAUGAUUUGAACGGACGAUCGAACUAGAACACAUCAUGAAAAAAGCAAUCGGCUGUAGUCAAUUUUGUACGAAUGUUAUUUUCUUGAAAUUAUAUAUAUAUAUAUAUAUAAAAAAAGAAAAUAUCAAAGAUGAAUGGUAGAUACGUAGAGAGGUAUAAUAUAAUAUUAAUAUUAAAGGAUUACUCGUGAAAUCUAGCGAUGUAAAGCUCGAGGCGAAUAUUUUAGCCUGUUUCUCGAGGGCACCCUUCUCCUUUUCAAUUUUUCUUUCCUUCUUUUUCAUCAUUUUCCUGCACAAUCUUUCGCAACGUCGAUGUGUGUGGAUGUGAACGUAUGCGUGCGUGUUGUAUGCGUGUGUAUAUCGAUUCUAUGAACGAUCCUCCGAGCUUUGUAUAAAUGUACAAUGGAGUAUCGUUCGUACGCGUUUCGUUCUAACGACGUCUUGGAAACACGAAGCGUUUUUGUACAAAAAAAAAAAAGAAAAAUGGUCUCGCGACACACUAGUUAAGCUUUCUCGUCGCGUCUAGAAAUCGCAUCUCUUUAUUUCCUGCUCUUAUUCACGCAAAUAAGGUUCCUGAGCAAAUUUUGCUAUCGAUGGACGACGAGGCUAAACUUACCUUGAUUCAUCGACGAUCAUUUCUUAGCGAUUCAUCCCCAAUCGUGCAUGAAAAAUUUAUUUAUCAACGAAGCUGGACGACAGUAAACUUCGUCCGCGAUGAAUCGUGGCAUUGCAUUUAUUGCACGUUGGAUGGAUGCAUCAUUUUCAACGAUAUUGAUUAAUUUUAAUUGAUAAGGGAGGACGAUUUUAUCUACUUUUACUUCAGGCAUAGAUACAUCGAAAUCGUAUUAUUUUUUUUAUUUAAAUCAUUUUAAUAGAUAACGCGUGUUUGUUUGUACGACUAACGUUGUGAAAACGACCAGAUUGUUGUAAGUCAGCAGGUCGUACGAGAUGCCUGAUAAUUCCACGAGGAUUAGUAUCCGAAUAAGGCUGAUGCGAAUCGUACGUCGGAUCGUACUAAUUGAAUCUAAGGGAAAAAAUAAUCAAUCGCUGGAUAUCACCUCAGACAAAAGCGAGAAAAGGAUGCUGUAUUGAAAGCAACAAAAAAAAAAAAUAUAUCAUACAUAUUAAUAUAUAAUAGAUAUUAUAUUAUUACUGAAUAUUAUAUUAAUAUAUGAUGCUAUAUAUUAAAUAUUUCUAUUAUGUCCGUCUGCAAAGUCUAUUAGAAGAGUCUAUCCUGUCGACACCUAUUCUUGCGACCCAUGUGGAUCUCCUCGAAUAUAUAUGUAUAUACAUAUAUGUAAGUGUGUGUAUGCAUGUAUGUAUGCAUAUAGAAUGGUCGAAGAUGAUGUUUCAUUUUCUUUUCACACUUUAAAAGAAAAAUUGUGAGAUGUUAAGAGGAAGACGAGCACACAUCACAAACGAGACGUUUGGUGUCUCGCUCUCACUUUUUUGGUGAUUAUUAUUAUUCGUGUAGAUUUAAUCGAAUGAUAAAUCGUGCGAAAGAGCUUAUCAUCGAAUCUGAUGUUGUCACGCGAUUGCGCACAGUGGAACACUUUCAUUAAGGUCUUGUGUAAUUACGUUUACAACUAUUGUAAUUGUCUCCUCGAACCAACCUUCGGAACACAACUCUUUAUCCUAAAAAAAACUUCGAUUCUCCUUUUUCUCUUUCUUAAAAAAAGAAGUGAAUUUUAGUUAUUCUUAUUAAAUGAAAUUAACUAUUAAGCUGUAAUGAUUAAAUUUGCUUGUAUUAGAUAUUUCGAGAACUGCAAAUAUUUAAAUAGUUAAAUAUUAAUGAAUAUAUUGUUCUUUAUUUCAUUGCAAAUUUACAAAUACGAAUGUUUGUUGCUUAAUUACCGAGAGCAAAGUGGAACAAUAUGGAAAAGAGGAAUUUUAAGUUAUUCUAUUUCUUGAAUCUAGUGCCGCGCGAUGCAAUAAUUUAACGAGUUGUGUAUGUAUAUGUUGGAACACGCAGUGGUAUAAAUUCAUGUGAGCAAAUGUGUGUGUCUCAGCCCAUGUUGUCGAAGCAUCAAUAAAAAAGAGGUUUUGUAAA